AUGACUCAACAUAAUCCUCAAGGGCAACAAUAUGUGCCCUACGAUGCCCAAUUAUAUCAAUUCUCAUCGGCAUCCGCAUCUUCGUCCUCGAUCCCACCUCACAGUCCUCUACAGCAACAUCAUCAACCAUUCUACAGUAUCAGUCCAUCGAGACCAAGCACGAGUACAACAAGUCCAGAAACGUCUUUUUCAUAUUCUCCACAUAUGCCUGUAGGUAUACAAAGUAUGUCUUACUCUCAACCGCAACCACAAGCCCCUGGACAAAUCAAUAUCAAUCAAUAUCAAGUGAACUAUGGAAAUAAUCUGCCUCCUACUUUUCCCGAAGUAGAAUUAGAAGUGGAAGGUUAUAUGUCAGAUCCAGAUUUGGAAGGUGGAUUAGAAGUAGAAUUGGAACAAAGUAAAAUUUUUGACAAUGGAACUCAUGAUCACCAUCCACCUCUUCCUUCUCGCAGGGAAACUUACGGGUCCUUAUCGGGUUCAACGGAUUCUAUGGUUGAUGGUGAGAUCAAAGAACACGUUGCGAAAAGGAAACCUAGAAUCACUCUACCGAGAGGGAGGGCUUGUGUAGCAUGCAGCAAAUGCACAGGUGACGCACCGUGCAAGACCUGUCAAAAGGCUGGUCUUGAGUGUCGGUACGAAGAGCUACCAAGAAAAAAGCCACGGGCUGUUAUCCUCGAAGAAAGGGUUGCUGAGUUGGAAGCUUGUCUAAACCUUCGUCCAAAUGAUCCCGUACCGUCGCGCUUCCCCAACCAUCAUCCUACUCUCGGUCAAGGGUCAACAGAACCUUCUCUCUCCUCUCAAGUAGGUCAGCCGUUCAAUGCCGACUUUCGACCUCACUCCGCUCCAUCAAUCGCGACUCCCACAUCCUUGCUCAGCACUGAGUCCAAUCCUCCAAUCCUCUCUCUAACAUCACACAUGGCUAGCUUAAACCCGCUAAGGACAGAUAUAGCCCCCAACUCAGCCUUAGAAUUAUCAUUAAUACAGACGAUACUUCCUUUUGCACCAUUCAUCGGUAUACCCCUGCAUUCUGCUAGAUUUCUUGCCCUUCUCGCACUCCCGCCCAGUGAUCUAAGACGACCUCAUCCCGCGCUACUAUACAUUCUCUUCGCUCAAGCUAUCCGAAUACUGGAACUCAAUCGACCUAUUCCGAAAUUACCUUCACCACCAUCGGGGAUGUUCCCACCGUCUUUUGCAUCUCCUAUACCUCUUCCUGAGAUGGAUAGGAACAAGAUUCUUUCACAAAUGGGUGGAACCUCGCUAAUGCUUCUCGAGCGUUCGCGUUUAGAGUUGGAUAAAGGUAUACGAGCUGUUGAUCGACCUUUCGACCUCACUCGAGCAGCCACAGGUAUAGCUUGGCUCUGUUAUAGCAUGGGUAAUUUCAUCGAAGGUUGGAAUAUACCAGUUUCAAGAUUAUUGAUUAGUUGUGGACUUCAUCGUAUAACAGGUACUUAUAUACCGCCCGAUGGUGGAUCAGGCAUAAACCCAGAUCUAAUACCUAAACCGUACGCCCCAUCACAUCAAUAUUCUCAUUCGCAUUCCCUCAACCAUACGACAAACCCGUUUUCGAACAAUCUUCAAGGAGAACCGGAUUUUCCGAGUAUCAGAAUGAGACCCAUUAUCAUCCCACCUGCCAGAGACAGUAUCGAUUUGGCAGAAAGAGUGGCUACUUUCUGGGCGGCGAAAAUGCAAGACUGGGAAGCUGGGAUAGGUUGGGGUUGGUCAAUCAGCUUAUCAGAUGAUUUAUGUACCACCCAAUGGGCAAAAGGCUGGGGAGCUGUAGAGGUCAAACCGGAAAACGUGAUGGACGAAAAGCACAGUAUCAGAGAUCUAUACGACCAGGCCUCACCUAUGCACUCAAGUACUAUUCCAGAUACGACUUAUACAUUGGCUAUCAAGAGUUUGGCUUUACUCCAUCGAUCGAGCGCACUAUUUGAUCUUCCCGAAUCAAGUUAUCCUAUCCCGUUACCCAACGGUACUAUCGGUUCUCCUCGCACAGCUCCUCUGACCGCUAUACAAACGGUACAAAUAGCACUUCGGAAUUUCCGACACUGUAUUCCCGAAGCCUUUCAAGAUUUCACUCAAUACGCUUCACCACCUUCAGAAAUGCAAUAUGAUGGAUUAUCAGAUCCAUGGUGGAUCAUGUUUCAUGCUAAUUUAUAUACAGCAGAAAUGUUAUGUUGGAGAGAAAUGGCAAAUCAUCGUCCGAACGUAUAUGAAACUGCAGUAAGAGGAGCUAGGGCUUUAGUCAAUCUGGUCAGAAGGGUUCCAAUUGAAACAUGGCCCAAUCUCGAUUUGAUAGUAGCUUUAGACCUAUCUUUAACAUCUCGAUUCCUCUUCAAAGAGUCAGAUCGACUUUUGAACAUGCCACAAUCGAAUCCAGAUGCAGCAAGAAUGGCUUCCAUGGCGUCGUCCGAAGCGGAAGUCCUGACACAAGCGUUAGUCGGUCCUUUCGAUAGGUUCAAUCCCAUCGCAGGGAUGCAUAGCUUGAUCGUUCAGAGAGUAAGGGAAGGCUGGCCUGAAAAAGAGGGAGAGUACGAGAGGAUAUGA